AUGGGCCGGUCCCGGCCGGGCGAGCGCGGGCCCCCCAGCCCCGGCCCCGCCGCGCCGACCGCGCCCCCGCCGCUCUACACUCGCACCCUGGCGUUGCUCGGGGCCGUGCUCAUCGCCGCCGCCGCGGCCGUCACUGCCCGGGCCUAUGCCCGCCUCACCGAGGCCCAGGCGGCCGCGCGGCAGGAGUCAGCGGUGAAGGCCCUGGGAACAGAAGGCCUCUUUCUCUUCUCCUCCUUGGACACUGACCAGGAUAUGUACAUCAGCCCCGAGGAGUUCAGGCCCAUCGCGGAGAAGCUGACAGGGUCAAUUCCUACGACCAGCUAUGAGGAGGAGGAGCUGCCCUCUGACCCCAGCGAGGAGACACUCACCAUAGAAGCCCGAUUCCAGCCUCUGCUCCUGGAGUCCAUGACCAAGAGCAAAGACGGGUUCCUAGGGGUCUCUCGCCUGGCCCUGUCUGGCCUCCGCAACUGGACAACCGCAGCCUUGCCAAGUGCACUGUUUGCCGCCCGCCAUUUCCGGCCCUUCCUUCCCCCUCGGGGCCAGGUGGAGCUGGGCGAGCCCUGGUGGAUCAUCCCCAGUGAGCUGAGCGUCCUCACCGGCUAUUUGUCCAACAACCGCUUCUACCCACCACCACCCAAGGGCAAGGAGGUCAUCAUCCACCGGCUGCUGAGCAUGUUCCACCCUCGGCCCUUCGUGAAGACCCGCUUCACCCCUCAGGGGGCAGUCGCCUGCCUGACCGCCAUCAGCGACUUCUUCUACACUGUGAUGUUCCGGAUCCAUGCCGAGUUCCAGCUCAGUGAGCCGCCCCACUUCCCCUUCUGGUUCUCGCCCGCCCAGUUCACCGGCCACAUCAUCCUCUCCAAAGAUGCCACCCAUGUCCGCGACUUCCGGCUCUAUGUGCCCAACCACAGGUCUCUGAAUGUGGACAUGGAGUGGCUGUAUGGAGCCAGUGAGAACAGCAAUAUGGAAGUGGACAUUGGCUACAUACCCCAGAUGGAGCUGCAGGCCACAGGCCCCUCGAUACCCUCUGUGAUCCUGGAUGAGGAUGGCAACAUGAUUGACAGCCACCUGCCCACGGGAGAGCCCCUCCCAUUUGUGUUUGAGAAGAUCAAGUGGCAGCAGAAGCUGAGCUGGGAGGAGGCUGCCCGACGCCUGGAGGUGGCCAUGUACCCCUUCAAGAAGGUCACCUACCUGCCGUUCACCGAGGCCUUCGACCAAGCCAAGGCCAAGAACAAACUGGUGCACUCGAUCCUGCUGUGGGGGGCCCUGGAUGACCAGUCCUGCUGAGGGUCAGGGCGGACUCUCCGGGAGACAGUCCUGGAAAGUUCGCCCAUCCUUGCCCUCCUCAACGAGAGCUUCAUUAGCACCUGGUCCCUGGUGAAGGAGCUGGAGAACCUGCAGAAGGACCAGAAGAACCCAUCCCACAAGAAGCUGGCUGACCUGCACCUAGAGAAGUACAGCUUCCCCGUGGAGAUGAUGAUCUGUCUGCCCAAUGGCACCGUGGUCCACCACAUCAACGCCAACUACUUCUUGGACGUCACCGUCCUUAAGCCUGAGACUGCCAAGAACAACGCCUUCAGCUUCUCAUCCACCUUUGAAGAUCCGUCCACUGCCACCUACAUGCAGUUCCUGAAGGAGGGCCUCCGGCUCGGCCUGCCCCUCCUCCAGCCCUAGUGCGCCUGCCUCUUGUGGACCAUGAGAAGGAGCUGGGAAGAGGCCCCUCAGCCCCAGAGCCAGUGUGGUCCUUGCACAUUUCAAACAUCCGACAUUCCCAACCCCACCACCCCCAGGCUGCCUGUGAGGUCAGAGGUCAACUCUGGGUGGCUGUCCUAGCUUUCCAUUUGUUAGGGGGGGGGGGGGCAAAGGGGGUGCCUGGGCUGACCGGUGGGUGAAUCUUUAGCUCCAGCUUCCACCAUUGGCCCUUUACUACCCACCUGGCUCUGGAAGCUGCUUGGGACCCGCCAGCAUGGAGCCUGGGGUCAUUUCCCUAGAUGUCACCCUCUCAGGCACAUAGUCUAGGCCCUUGUGAAGAAUAGGGAGAACUGGGUGCUAGGAAAACAGGGCCACCCUUUUCUCCUUACUGUCACCCCUUCCCAAAGGAACAUCAAGAAGUCCUGGCAUCUGGUGGGGGGGUGACAGAGAAGGACUCUGUUUUCUGUCCAGAGCCUUCAUCCUGGCCACAGCCCUAGCUGCCCUCCUGUGCCUGGUGUCCCCGGGGUCAGGCUCAGCCAGAGACAGCCAUCUGGAGACUCUGGGCAGAACCUUCCUUAAGAAGGGGGAACCAUACAGUACCCCAAACUUUGGCUCCCCAGACCAGUCUAGUCUAUCCGACCUACUGAUAGGACCUCCAGACCUGUUGGGGACUUGCUGGAGGCCAGCUCUCUGAGGUUUACUGUGAAGUAGGCUGCUGCCCUUAACAAGGGGCUCCACUGAAAGUCCCUGAGGCCCAGACCCAAGGCACACCCCUGCCAACCCCAGCGCAGGAUCACAGUAGGACUGCUGGAGCCAGAGCCCUGCUGUUGCCUCCUGCCCCUGAGCUCUCAGCUCGAGACGUGGAGCCCAGCCAAGAAGAGCCUCCGUCCCAGCUGCCAGGGCAGCCCAGACCCGUGUCCACCACUGCGUGGCUGUUGACUCCUUGGCCACAUUAAGGGCCUUGGUUCACAUCCCAAGCCACUGACCACAGCCAGUCUCUUUUUUGUAUGUGCAGAGAAGUGUUUUUACAUGAACUUUCUCAGUUUGUAGGUAUUUUUUAUAACCCCAGUGCUAAGGAGAAGGAAGGGGCAAAGGCUUCCUCCCGCAGCUGCCCAUGAUGGUUGGGUCUGAAAUCCUAGAUGGAUCCAGCUUGAUGUCUCUAGUUGCUCCAUGGAAGAAACAUUCCUCUCUUCCUUCUCCUCUUCUAGUUUUUUAAAAACAGUCCUCAGAGGUCAGUGUAAUCUUGCUGUCUGCUCAGGCCCAGAAGGGCUCCUAGGGCUUUCACUAAGGCCUCUGAGCGAACCUCUCCCACCCUUGCCCCACAGGGCCUCACUCUUAAACCUGGAAGAGGAAGGAAGGCAGGCAUUUGCUCAGACGCUCUCCCAGGCCUUCAUCUGCUGGGCCCCCUGCCUGCCAGUGGAGUAGCCAUACUGAGCCUUCUCUAUCUGAGGCCCUUUGUUAGGGUGACAUCUUUUCCCAAUCCUCACAGGCCUAUGAGGCAGAUGUUAAUUGUUCCCAUUUUGCAAAUAAAGAAACUUUAUCUCAGGAAAAUGAAGUGACUUGCCCAACAUCACUGUGGUAGAGUUGAGGUUCAGCCUGAGUCUUGAUUUGGGGGUGUUUUGUUUUGCAUUGCACCCCUACCUCUCUCCCCUGUUUUCACUGAGGUGAAAAAGAAAGCCUUUCAAACCAAAA